UCUUUAAGCAUGUGGCUAAUGCUAUCUCUCUGACUUUCUGGUUCCCGUGUAAAAUGUCGGUCAGAAGCAGCGAGCAGACGGACGAUCUGGCUCAGGACGAGCGCAGCGCCAGAGAGGAGCUAAACCGGAGGAUCAAGGAGCAAAAGGUUGUGAUAGAUGAGCUGUCAAAUCUGAAGAAAAACAGGAAAGUUUACAUCCAGCAGCCCAACAGCAACAUAUUCUUUCUCACAGACAAAGGCGAGACACUGAGCUCCUGUAAAAAAGAACUGGACAAAAUGAAGAGACAUUAUCAGGACAUGUAAAGCUGUGGCAGCUGCUUUCUAGGGAAAAUGUGUGGGAUCUGCUGUGUAGUGAAUUUGACUGCAUCUCAAUGUGUGCUUCAGAAACAUGUGCGUGAAAAGCUU